AACUAUAUAACUACCAACGGUGACAACAAAAUUUUAAUCUCAUCAGACCGAUACUUGUCACAUAGUAACGGAUUCCUGCAUUGUUGGUUUUUUUCCCUUGCCGAUUUGCUACUUCAAGCAUUCUCAAGACAGAAAUCAUGCUUUUGAAACACGAGUUCCGAUUCCAUGAAACCGAAAUUGAAUGGAUGAGCUGUCUACCUAUAGUGGAGACUCUGGUAACAGGGCGUCAUGUCAUCAUCGACUACAUGACAGAGCAGCAGCUUACAGAAACCUACUGUAUGAUACAAGAGGCCGCCCAACAUGGGGACGGAUAUGGUAUCGACGAAUUCGAUUCUGAAAAAGACUUCCGUCAUGAAAUUGAGGGCAGUGACUGUUUUGCUAUCGUCAGCAAAGACAGCGGUGAACUGCUAGCAGGACUGAUUUUAGCUGUCAGCAAGUUUUAUCGAGGAAUGAGUGGUGUUUGUGACCCUUUCAUCAUCGUGAAACGCACGGAAAGAAAGCAGAAGCUUGGCGAGUUCUGUAUGCGGAAGGCAAUCGAGUUCUCAAAGAAACUUGGCUACAUGGGAAUGUACGUGGAUACGUUCUCCAAUAAUGUCGCAGUACAGAGAAUCAUCGAAAAAAUUGGUGGGUUCCAGCGCGUGGGUUUCCUUCCUCUUGGAGGACGGCUGCAGAACGGACAGUUAGUUGGUUCCGUAAUCUACUACCGUGACUUGUCAUCGAAAAAACCCGAGGAUACGUGAACUUUGAUUAGUAAAUAUGACUUUGUCUGAUGCCCCCCCAAAUCAGAUGACGUUUUUGUCAUGUCAAUGAGCUCCAGUCGCGUGUGACCGCGCCCAGAGACACCGUGCAGAGCACAAAAGUAGUGAUCCGCUAAGACAUUGCUGGGCAAUUGUUGGACAUGCGCAGACAUUUUAAAUCUUCAAUUAACUUUGUUUUGUACAUAAUUUGUAAUAUACAUCUUAUGAAUGGCAUCUAGUGGUUUUCGUACCCUAAACAGUCUCCUGACUACUAUUGUGAUAGUUGUUGAAAUGCUGAAUCAUCAGCGACCACUUUGUCUGUGUACAUGAUCAGUAAUGUGCUUCUUGCGAACAAUAUCUAGAGGCUUCCAUGCCCUUAAAUGUUUUUUGAAGUUUAUACAAAAAUUACUAUAUAUUAAAUGUAAAAAAAAAAAGCAUGUUUGUAUGAGUGUUGUU